GUCCAAGUGACAACCGAAAGGUCCUUCGGCGCUUUGUUCCCGGAAUUUUGCUGUUACUCAUAGCUGUUGGACUAGUACUCACUGCUCUCAGUGGACGAGGUGAAGGAAAAGGUGGUGGAGGCCAAGGGAAUGGCAGUAACACCACUGCUUCACGAACAUGGGAAACCACCGCGCGAGAAACAAGAACACCAUUUACCAGAGCAGCACAGACGACCGGCGCCAUAGCAGCACAGACGACCGGCGCCAUAGCAGCACAGACGACAGGCGCCAUAGCAGCAGAGACGACCGAAACUACCAUCAGGACCACCACCACAACUGCUAAACCAAGUUUGAGUGCACAGCUGAUCAUCUGUACCAUCGCAGAAGGCGAUAACCCGGCGCUAAAGUCGAGCUCUGUGCCGGACGACGUUUGUGAGUUCUUAAUGUACCGGCCGUCAGAAGCUGCCCCCUUCAAGACUACCCAUGAUGUCUACAUGGACGACUUCACGACUCUUAUCGGAAAGUUCUCAACAACACGGUGUGGCAUUGACAUAAGAGAAGCAAUACGACCAGAGGCUAUGGCACAGUUAAACACCACGACUGGCGUAGCAGCUACAAGAAGCCUCUAUGCGAAGCAGGUUUUUCACUACAGCACACUUGAUUUUGAGGUCACGGUGAACACGACGAGCGCAGAUGUGGGCCAAUUAAUCAACUUUCUUCUGAAACUGGGCAAAAUUCAGCUUGAUAACAAGAAGAACUCAAGGAACUUUGGCUACCUGUUCGUUGGUGUAUCCCCCGUCGGAAGAGACUCUGGUAACACUAUGAGAGAUCAUGUGCAACGUAUUAUCAAUGAAGGACAGCCUGAUGGAAUUUUGUUCCUGACGACAUAUCUAAGAGAACCCGAUGACGUAUGCCGUGUGGCGGCACCUUCAGUCUGGACAAAGCCAGCCUUUUCUGACCAGCCGACGUUUGUGCAUUCAUUGGAUUUCCGACGGAGACUGCAUAUCCCGAAGAAAAUGACCCAACUUCUGUCCCUCACCCCACACGGCAGGUUCUCUACCUUCUUUACUAACCGGCGCCCGACUAGCGAUGCAGAGAAGAAAAUGAAUUUUGACCUUCUUCUAGAGUGCGGUGCAUCAACUAUUUCCUCUGCCAUAUAUUAUACCUGCAAGAACAGUGGCGAGCAAGAUUAUCACCACUUUCAUAACGCAUCCCUGACACAAGACCCAGAUGUAUGCGAUCCCAUCAGGCUCUCUCGUCUCAUAAGAUCUCCGGAGUAUGAGCUCUACAUAGGCUACGACAGUGUGAGACUCAUGAAACUGAAAAUAUGCAAAGCGCACCGCGAAUACGGAUAUCAAGGCGGCUGGGUGGUGUUCGACCUCCAGCUUGGUGAUUUGUACCAAUACUGCUUUGAACCGAAACGCAGCUUUGGAUUUGUGCGUGCUGUAAGGACCUGCAUGGAUGAACGACGUUCGAGCUGUGAAAGUGUGGACAGUGCGUGCACAAUACAAGAUCCCUCUCCUUGAAGUGCGUGCUUGUGCCAGGUAGCGACUUGGCUAGGAGCAAUUGUGUAGCGGAUAAGACUGCAGUAGUAUGACAAAUUCCCAAAAAAUACAGAGAUAGAGGUGG